AUGGCCGUCAUCGUCGUCUCGCGUGCCCUCUGCUGCUUCUUCGCCAUUCUAGUGGCCUGGUGCGGUCUGACCUGGCACAUUGGCUUCACCGUCCAGAACAGAUACACAUGGGGCUUCCGAGCAAGUUUCAUCCCGCUGCUACAGCGCAUUCUCCUCAACUUUAUCUGGACCGCUCUCCAGUGUUGGAAUGGAGGUAAACUAGUAACCGUCUGCAUAACCGCAAUCUGGCCCUCCUUCGCAAAGAUCCCCAACACCCUCAACUCAAACACCCCAACAACAACCUACGAACUCCUAGGCUUCACCGUCUUCUGGAUCGUCUCCAUCCCCUUCCUCUUCAUCCGUCCCGAGCGCUUCAAGAAACCUUUCUUUGUCUCCUCCGUCGCCUGCGGCGCCGCCAUGGUCGCCCUCCUCGCCUGGUCCGUAGCCGUCGCGCGAGGGGUCGGUCCCGUCUUCUAUCAAGGCGAGAAAGUGCCCGCUUCGUCCCGGUGGAGCGCCUCGUGGUUGAUGAUGGCGGGGAUUAACCAGGCUAUCGGCGGGAAAGCGGCGGGCAUGACAAAUAGUAGUGACUUUUCGCGGUACGCGAAGAAUAAGAGGGAUUAUAUCGUUGGUACGGUGUCAGUGUAUUGGGUUACUGGCGUGCUGGUGUGUCUGGGCGGGUUGGUAACCACCGCGGCGUGUCAGAAAAUUUACGGGCAGAUUUACUGGAACCCGCCCGAUUUGUUGAUGGUCAUGAUGGAUCACGGCCAAGGCUCCCCCGGCUCCCGCGCCGCAGUCUUCUUCCUCGCCCUCGCCUUCGCCUUCACCUCCAUGUUCGAAAACGUCUGCUCCAACGCCGUGGCGGGCGGCAUCGACCUCGCCGGCCUCUUCCCGCGCUACCUCGACAUCCGCCGCGGCGCCCUCCUCACCUUCGCCGCCGCCUGGAUCAUCCAGCCCUGGCAGCUCAUCAACCAGGCCGCUACCUUCGUCGCCGUCCUCAACUCAUUUGCCGUCUUCCUCGCGCCCAUCAUGGGCGUCAUGGUCUGCGACUAUUUCGUCCUGCGCUGUCGGCGUGUCCGGCUGACGCAUCUGUUCAACCCGAAGGGAUCAGACUAUUGGUACCAGCACGGCGUCAACUGGAGGGUGAUCCCGUGCUGGGUUGCGGGUUGGGCGCCGACGGUGGGCGGGUUGGUUGUGAGUGCCGGGGGUGUGGGCGGUGCGCCGGACGCGGUGUACGAGCUGUAUUAUGUUGCGUUUUUUAUCGGGUUUAUGAUUUCGUUUGCUCUGUUUUGGGGAGUGAAUGGCUUGUUUCCUGUUGAAGGUCUUGGGGAGUACGAUGAGGUCGAUGUGUAUGGCACGUUUACGGCGAGUGAGGCGGCCAAGUUGGGGGUUACCCCUUGCGAAGAGGAGGCUGCUGUGUCUGGAUUUGGCAAGGAAGAGGGCAUCGUGACUCUUGCGGGAGAGAUUUCGGAGGAUGCUUGUGGUGAAGAAAGACGAUGGUGGAAUCUGAGACGCCGCUGAGCAGACGAUAGAUCUGUCGUUCAUCGACGCGGUCUCUCGACUAUGUAGGUGGAGGCAUCAUCUCAAAAUGACCUACACGAUGGUUGCAUUGACGUUUCCUGACCUGUUAAUAUAUAUUCAUUAAGGCCACGAAACUGCACUCUUGUCGUAAGAGGUUUGAAUUAUACGUUUGCAAUAAGCAGUGAGUCAUGCAGGCCAAAGGAGAGGGCGACGG